CAAACUGACAACAAAUUAUAGUUAUGGGUUUUGUUUCACCUCUUCUAACUUGAAAUGAAACUCUGGUGGUUCCAUCGGAGAUUUUCCCAAAUAGCAUCAUCAUCAUACACUAAGGAGGAUUUAACAUCCAAACUUGCAUCAGUCUUGCAGUCUUGUUCACAACAUAAUCCCGACCCAUUACUUAUUCAACACGGCCGACAAAUUCAUGCUCACAUAGUCGUUAACGGAAUCCACCAUGCGGGUCUGGUCGGAUCAAGAUUACUUGGAAUGUACAUACUAUGUGGGAAUUUCAUCGAUGCCAAGAUGGUGUUUCAACGACUUGAUUUGUUUUUCGCAUCGCCGUGGAAUUGGAUGAUUAAGGGGUUUACUAUGAAUGGCUGUUUUGAUUCUGCAGUUUUGGUUUAUUUUAAGAUGUUGGGAUAUGGGACUUGUCCUGAUAAGUAUACUUUUCCGUACGUGAUUAAGGCUUGUGGUCGAUUAGGAGCGAUUGGAUUGGCUAAAUCUGUUCAUCAGACGAUUCGGAUGAUGGGUUUUGAGAUGGAUGUUUAUGUUGGUAGUUCUUUGAUUAAGUUGUAUGCUGAAAAUGGUUGUAUUGAUGAUGCACGCUACCUGUUUGAUAAAAUGCCUCAACGAGACGACGUGUUAUGGAAUGUGUUACUUAAUGGUUACUUGAAGCAUGGUGAAUCAAGGAAUGUUCUUUUACUGUUUAACCAAAUGAGAAGUUCUGAAAUUCGACCUGGGUCAGUGACUUAUGCGUGUGUUCUUUCCGCUUGUGCCUCUGAGGCAGAUAUUGGACUCGGUUCUCAGCUUCAUGGACUUCUUGUUAGAUGUGGACUGGUGACGGAUCCUCAGGUCGUCAACACUUUAAUUGGAGUGUAUGCAAAGUGCCGGAAUUUGUUUGAUGCCCGAAAGUUAUUUGAUAAGGCACAAGAAGUUGGUUUGGUUACUUGGAAUGUUAUAAUUGGUGGUCAUGUGCAGAAUGGGCUUAUGAACGAAGCUUUCGACUUGCUUCAUAAGAUGAUAUAUGUUGGCACCAAACCGAAUAACAUCACAUUGGCAAGCUUCCUUCCGUCUAUAUCUGAGUUGGCAUCGAUAAAUCUAGGUAAGGAGAUCCAUUGUUACAUUUUAAGACACGGUGUGCAUUUGGAUGUUUUCUUGAAGAAUGCACUUAUUGAUAUGUACUUCAAGUGUAGGGAGGUGGAAAUGGCACGCAAUGUAUUCAGAUGUAGUACUGAUGUAGACAUCGUCAUAUGUACCGCUAUGAUAUCUGGGUAUGUGCUUAACGGGAUGAACUCUGAUGCAUUGGAGAGUUUUAGAUGGCUACUAAACGAGAAAAUGAGACCGAAUUCAGUUACACUUUCAAGUUCUUUACCUGCUUGUGCUGGCUUGGUUGCUCUGAAGUUGGGUAAAGAAUUGCAUGGUCAGAUUCUAAAGAAUGGGCUCGAAGGAAGGUGCCAUGUGGGAACAGCAGUGGUAGACAUGUAUGCAAAAUGUGGAAAACUCGAUCUAGCUUACAAAGUGUUUACAGAAUUGCCUGAAAAGGAUGCGGUUUGCUGGAAUUCUAUGAUUACUAGCUUUUGUCAGAAUGGACAACCAGAGAACGCCAUGGAUAUUUUUCAAGAAAUGGGUCAAAAAGGAGCCAUAUAUGAUUCUGUAAGCAUAGCGGCUGCUCUUUCCGCUUGUGCAAAUAUUCCGUUACUUGGGUAUGGGAAAGCAAUCCAUGGGUUCAUGACUAGAGGUGCAUUGAAGGCCGAUUUAUAUGCAGAGAGUGCACUAAUAGACAUGUAUGCUAAAUGUGGAAACUUAAAAUCUGCCAGAAAUGUUUUCGAUAUUAUGCAAGAGAAAAGUGAAGUGACAUGGACUAGUAUCAUUUCCGCUUAUGGAAACCAUGGUCACCUUCAAGAAUGUCUAUCACUUUUUCAUCAGAUGAAAAAAUUCGGAUUCCAACCUGACCAUGUCACAUUCCUUGCAAUAAUUUCUGCGUGUGAUCAUGCGGGCUUGGUUGAUGAUGGUUUUCGCUACUUCAAUUCCAUGAUAAAUGAGUAUGGAAUUGCAGCUCAAAUGGAGCAUUAUGCAUGUAUAAUUGAUUUGUUCGGACGAGCUGGUCGAUUAAAUGAAGCCUUUCAAAUCAUCAAGUCUAUGCCUUUUGAUCCUGAUGCUGGCGUUUGGGGCACAUUGUUGGGGGCAUCUAGGGUUCAUGGGAAUGUUGAUCUAGCGGAAAUGGCAUCAACGCAUCUAUUUGACAUGGACCCUAAAAAUUCCGGAUAUUAUGUGCUGCUAGCAAAUGUACAGGCUGAUGCCGGGAAAUGGGAAGGAGUUAAUAAAACAAGAAGCAUGAUGAAAGACAGAGGAGUUGAAAAAGUGCCUGGAUAUAGCUGGAUUGAGGUGAGUAACGACACUCAUGUUUUUGCUGCUUCUGACACAGGUAACCCUCGGUCUGAUGAGAUUUAUAGGCUGUUAAAGAGCUUUCUGUUGGUGCUCAAGGAUGAACGGCAUGCGGCACUCACAAACAACAUAACAUGGUAGUGUUUCAUCAACUGAAUCUUAUUAUGACUCACUAGAUGUUUUGUAAAUUAUUUUAUUGGACUACAUAUCAAAUAGAAGGUUAGCUACUUUUAGAACAGAAGGAUAUGUUUUAAUUAGCUUUGUAUAUACGUUUGUCCUUCUUUUGUCUUGUCAAACCCAGAUUGAAACAAAGGAGCAAGUAUAUACUACGAGUAUCAUUUAUAUAGUA